GAACUGCUUGUGCUAGAACAGUUUGUGACCAUUCUGCCCACGGACACCCAGAGCCGGAUAAGGAAGGACCAUCUACAAAGCAUUGAGGAGGCCGUGACCCUGGUAGAACACUUGGAGAGGGAAUCUGGUCAAACGAGGAAUAGGGUGAGAAGAAAGAUUCCUGAUUCCCGUGAUGAAAUAGGGUGAAAGUGGAUUUGGGUGGGGGCACUUCAUUGAGAAAUAAGGUGAAUUAGGUCACUGUUCCAUUGUUCCUUUAGAACAACUGAGGCAAAGCCUGAAACCACAGACCCACAGCAGUAGUCUCAGGUUUCACAGAUACUUUCCUGGCCUUCCAGAACGACUGCAUUUGUGAUCUAUAGAGCCAGGGUGAAUGGAGAGUCAUAAGCCUAGUAUGGCUUGCCCAAGGACAUGGGUUUUGAGUUACAAAUGAAUAAAAGGAAAUAAGGAGUUGGAGAGGAAGGGGAGGACCUGAAAAAGGGAAAACACUUAGAAGCGAAAAGUUGAGUGGAGAUAGUAAAGAGAAGGAAAACCCAAACAUCGAAGGAAGAGUGCAAAGGGAGAGAAAAGGAGGCAGAAAAAAGGGAAACAGAUUUGGCAAUCCUAGCAGAAUAGCUGAGAGGAGAGAGACAUUGAGGGAUAUUGCCCUCUGAUUCAAAUGAGAGAGCCUCCACGGCGCCCUCCGCAGUUGGUCUUUGGCUCUGCUGGUUCGUGGGAAUCCAGGGUGUGUUCUUAGCCACGUGGCAGAACACCAGCUGGCGUCAGGCCAACUGGGAAGAAGACACAGGCAGGCAUAUGUGUGGUGCCAGAAAUCAUCUGGAGGUUGCCAUACAAGAGCUGGGAAAGGAGGCAGUGCUCUUGAGAGAAACAGCAGAGUCCCAGCCAGUGGGCCUGGCCCAGGAUGAAGAAUUCUGGAAUACAUACCAAGGUUUGCAAGAACAGCUGAGCGGGAAUACUCAUAAAGAAUCUGAGCCUGUAUGUCAGAGGGCUGUGCCUGCUCACCAGAUCCUAGCCUUUCCUGAGCAGACAAUCACCAAAGACUGGACAGUGGCACCUGAGCUCGUCUUGCCUGAGUCCCAGAGCUUGUUGACAUUUGAAGAAGUGGCCAUGUAUUUUUCCCAGGAAGAAUGGGAGUUACUGGAUCCCACUCAGAAGGCCCUCUACAAUGAUGUAAUGCGGGAAAACUAUGAGACUGUCAUCUCUCUAGCUGUGCCUGCUCACCAGAUCCUAGCCUUUCCUGAGCAGACAAUCACCAAAGACUGGACAGUGGCACCUGAGCUCGUCUUGCCUGAGUCCCAGAGCUUGUUGACAUUUGAAGAAGUGGCCAUGUAUUUUUCCCAGGAAGAAUGGGAGUUCCUGGAUCCCACUCAGGAGGCCCUCUACAAUGAUGUAAUGCGGGAAAACUAUGAGACUGUCAUCUCUCUAGCAUUGUUUGUGCUCCCCAAACCUAAGGUGAUCUCGUAUCUAGAGCAAGGGGAAGAGCCAUGGGUUCAAGGGUCCACGGAGCUCAAGGACAGUCCUGGAGAGCUGCCUACAGGAAUAAAGCACAAAAGUGACACUGAAAACCAUCAGCCUAUACGUGUUUCUGAUUUAGAAAUACAAGCACCAGGAGACAUAGUAUCAAAAAAGGCCCGAGCAAAAGUUCCCCAGAAAACAACAGGCAAAGAAAACCAUGGUGAUACACACAGGAUAGGGAAGUGGCAUCGAGAUUUUCCUGUGAAGAAAAAAAAGAAACUUUCAAGCUGGAAACAAGAGUUGCUGAAACUUAUGGAUCUUCACAAGAAAGCCCGUGCUGGAGAGAAGCCCUUUAAGUGCCAAGAAUGUGGGAAAAGCUUCAGAGUUAGCUCUGACCUUAUUAAGCACCAAAGAAUUCACACUGAAGAGAAACCGUAUAAAUGUCAGCAGUGUGAUAAGAGGUUUAGAUGGAGUUCAGAUCUUAAUAAGCACUUAACAACACAUCAAGGAAUAAAACCAUACAAGUGCUCCUGGUGUGGGAAAAGCUUCAGUCAAAAUACAAAUCUACACACACACCAAAGAACUCACACUGGAGAGAAGCCCUUUACAUGUCAUGAAUGUGGAAAAAAAUUCAGUCAGAACUCCCACCUUAUUAAGCAUCGGAGAACCCACACAGGUGAGCAGCCAUAUACUUGCAGCACCUGCAGGAGAAACUUCAGCAGGCGGUCAAGCCUCCUUAGACACCAGAAACUUCACCGCUGACCGGAAGUUCAUCUUGUGUCCUCAGCAUGAAGAAAUUCACCAAGUAGAGGUUGACCUUGACAUUUAUGAAAAAAUACAAAAUUGUGAAGCACGAGUAAUUCUUCAUCGGUGGAAAAAUUGAUAAAAACAUAUUUCACAGAAAGGAAUCAAGGUUGACUGCAGGGAUCUCUAUAAGUAGUUUUGUACUACUUACAUUUUUACACAUGACAUUCUGGGAAUUCCUUAGUAAGAAAGGUAUUGAAAAAAACAUUCUCAGUUAGGGAAACAUUUUGCAAUAGUAUCUGGCAAAGUAUCAAAGCCAGCUUUAAUUAGCAAAUGCGCCCAUGACUCCGUCUUCUGUGAUAGCAGAGCGUAAAUUCUAUUGAUUUUGCAUUGAAUUCCCAGUCACUUUUAAACACAUAUAACAAACAUUUAUAGCACGGUCUCCCAAAAGAAAAAGCAAUAACCUGCUUAUUUAAUUGCCUUCAGUUGCCUUCAAGGUAGUUGACUUAACAAUUUUAAGUCCCGUGUGGGGAAAAAUGAGUUCUGUUGUCAAGUUUUCCAAGAACUAAAUUGGAUUUUCUUCCUUUCCCUUGUCAUUGGACACUGUUCCGAAAGUUGGACAUCACUUGAGUUCCUUCCUGAACAUUUUAGCAACUUUAGCUCUUGAAUCCUUUUAGCGCCAGUUUUACUGUAAUGAAAUGCUAUUUACUUCACCACUAGUGAAUCUGCCAGGUAAAUUAAUAAUGCACUAUCUUAUACCUCAUUGGUGGUGUUUGAAAAAAAUAUAAACAUCUCUAAUGAGAUCAUAUGAAAACGGGUUGGAAUGUUUAGCCAUGGAUUGUGUAUGACAUGUAAAGAUAUUUCUGCAGUAAAAUAAACUAGUCCUUUUCUUAUAAUCUCAGUAUGAUGAAG